GGGUUGGGAAGAUGGCGGCUCCCAGCCUCCUCAACUGGAGGCGGGUUUCCUCCUUCACGGGGCCGGUCCCCCGCGCCCGGCACGGACACCGGGCCGUGGCUAUCCGGGAGCUGAUGAUCAUCUUUGGAGGGGGCAACGAGGGCAUCGCGGACGAGCUGCACGUCUACAACACGGUUACAAAUCAAUGGUUCCUACCAGCGGUUAGAGGAGACAUCCCUCCAGGUUGCGCUGCCCACGGAUUUGUCUGUGAUGGUACCAGAAUAUUAGUGUUCGGGGGAAUGGUUGAAUAUGGAAGAUACAGCAAUGAGUUGUAUGAGUUGCAAGCAAGUCGUUGGUUAUGGAAAAAAGUGAAACCCCACCCCCCUUCUUCUGGUUUACCUCCUUGUCCCCGGCUUGGACAUAGCUUCUCUUUAUAUGGUAACAAAUGCUAUUUGUUUGGUGGUCUGGCAAAUGAAAGUGAAGACUCAAACAAUAAUGUUCCCAGAUAUUUAAAUGAUUUCUAUGAGUUGGAGCUACAGCACGGUUCUGGUGUUGUGGGCUGGAGCAUUCCAGUGACUAAAGGGAUUGUGCCUUCUCCAAGAGAAUCCCACACAGCUGUGAUAUAUUGCAAAAAAGAUUCUGGAAGUCCUAAAAUGUAUGUCUUUGGUGGAAUGUGUGGUGCUCGCCUGGAUGAUCUAUGGCAACUUGACUUAGAAACGAUGUCGUGGUCAAAACCAGAAACUAAAGGGACGGUGCCACUUCCACGAAGCCUUCACACAGCCAGUGUUAUAGGAAACAAGAUGUACAUUUUUGGUGGAUGGGUUCCACAUAAGGGGGAGAAUAUUGAGACUUCACCUCAUGAUUGUGAAUGGAGAUGUACUAGUUCAUUUUCUUAUCUAAAUCUGGAUACAGCAGAGUGGACCACCCUCGUAUCGGAUUCUCAGGAAGAUAAAAAAAAUUCAAGACCAAGACCACGAGCUGGACACUGUGCUGUUGCAAUUGGCACUCGAUUGUAUUUUUGGAGUGGAAGAGAUGGCUACAAAAAAGCACUGAAUAGUCAAGUUUGCUGCAAGGAUCUUUGGUAUCUUGAUACUGAGAAACCGCCGGCACCAUCACAAGUACAGCUGAUCAAAGCCACUACCAACUCUUUCCACGUCAAAUGGGAUGAAGUGCCUACAGUUGAGGGCUAUCUUUUGCAGCUAAAUACAGACUUGCCACACCAAACUGCAUCAUCAGAUUCCUCACUGGCACCAAAUCUACAAGGAGUCAGAAUGGACCCUCACAGACCAGGCAGUAAUAGCACCGUUCCUAACAGUAUCAGCGAUACAACGAACAGUGCAAAAACUGAACAUACACCUAUGAAAGGAACUUCUGUGAAAAACAGACCAGAUCUCAAAGCAUCAACUGAUUUUAAUGCUGCUUUACAUCCAUCUAUGGCAACUAAUACUUCUAAUCAUAAUAGUUGUGUCGUGGAUAUGUUAAGGAAAAAUGAAGGUCCUCAUACUUCAGCAAAUAUAGGUGUUCUAAGUAGUUGCCUGGACUUAAGAACAGUAAUCCCUGAAACUUCUGUAUCCAGUUCUGUUUCCAGCGCACAAACUAUGGUAACCCAGCAGACCAUUAAAACUGAAUCAUCCAGUACAAAUGGGGCAGUUGUUAAAGAUGAAACUUCACUAACAACAUUCAGUACCAAAUCUGAAGUUGAUGAUACAUGUGCCCUGCCUGCAACUAAGAUCAGCCGUGUGGAAACACAGGCCACAGCGAUGUCAUUUUCUAAAGAGACUCCUUCAAAUCCAGUGGCCACAGUGAAAGCAGGAGAACGACAGUGGUGUGAUGUAGGAAUUUUUAAAAAUAACACAGCUUUGGUGAGCCAGUUUUAUUUGCUGCCCAAAGGGAAGCAAAGCAUCUCAAAGAUAGGAAAUGCGGAUGUACCUGACUACAGUUUACUUAAGAAACAAGAUCUUGUUCCAGGCACAGGAUACAGAUUCAGGGUAGCAGCCAUCAAUGGAUGUGGAAUAGGCCCUUUCAGCAAAAUCAGUGAAUUUAAAACUUGUAUUCCUGGUUUUCCUGGAGCUCCUUCUGCAGUCAGAAUUUCAAAGGUCCUGCCCCUCUUUAGAGAAGAAAAGAUCUGCUUUCAGAAUGUUGAGGGUAUCCACCUUUCCUGGGAACCUCCAACUUCACCUUCUGGAAAUAUUUUGGAAUAUUCAGCCUACCUGGCAAUCCGCACAGCACAAAUACAAGAUAAUCCAAGUCAACUUGUGUUUAUGAGGAUUUAUUGUGGUCUUAAGACAUCAUGUAUAGUAACUGCUGGGCAACUUGCAAAUGCACAUAUCGAUUAUACGUCCAGGCCUGCCAUUGUGUUCAGGAUAUCAGCAAAGAAUGAAAAGGGAUAUGGACCAGCUACGCAAGUUCGAUGGCUUCAAGGAAUUUCCCGGUUCUGCUGCCGAUACAAAUCUGGAGUGAAUAUACAGAGCAAUAUAACUGCAGAAAAGAUGGUUCAAACUAAGAGCCGUAAUAACUGCAGGGGCCCAGGCCUAUCUAUUUCUACCAUGCGACCUUAUGCCAGGUCAGGUGGACUGAGUAGCUGUGUCCUCGAGCUUCACGUAUAAUACUCCCGGCCACGAUGGAUUUAAUUGUGCAGGAUUGAUAUAUAUGUAUGUUCCAGUUACUAAUUUAAAGUGUAUAGAAUAUUUUAAUAUAUAAUUUUUGUAAAGAACUUGGAUUUUUAUACUACAGUAUUUGUAAUUAAUGUGUCUCACUAAUUAAGUUUCUCUUGAAGAAAAUAUGCAAGCUGUUAGACACAUAAUGAGUGAUUUCCAAACUCUAAAGGUAAAAUAAAUGCACUACUCUGGUGUUAUUAGAAUACCUUUUUUGUGGCUGUAUGAAUCCUAAAUCUUUAAAUGUGUAUUUUUACAAACAAUGUUUACAAGGAGCUUCUCUGGUUUGUUGUCUCAGCACCUCCCUUGGUGAGAGCUUCAUUCUGCAUUUGUUAAAUUCAUAUGCUUUGCUUUUAGCAUAUGCUUGCUUUUUGCACUAGUAGAAUUUUAACUUACCUCAUUAUUAUGUUUGUAAUCAUUUGUAUAGCUUCCAUAAUAUGUCUGGUAUAGGAUAAACAAAUACUUAACCAAAGUUAAAAUAAAUGGUAAGCAGUUUUGCACAUAUUAAAUGCUAGGGUUUUUUGUGUAUAUAUGUGUGUUUAGUUAUAAAAAGAGGAAGAAUGAAAAGUUAUAGUAAGUAUAUGUUUCAAGUCCAAUUACUUUAAUGAUUUAUCUGCUUUAUUAGAAAAAAGUCUGGCUUUUAACUCCUUAUUCUCUGCAUUAAUUAACAAUUUGCAUCUUGAAGCACUUCCCUUGAUGACAAGGACGAAGUUGACUUUAAGCAAAGAAUAGAAUAUUUGUUUGAGUGUGCACAUUUGUAACUAUUUAGUAUUUGGUUUAGUUUACUUUGCUUAUAUGCCUCUGUUGUGCUAUGAACCUGUGGUUCUAAAUACAUCUUAUUUUCUAGAGAGAAAGGCAGUCUUGCUAUAUACCAAGGGAUUUGUGAAAAUAACAAAUGUUUUUACUUUGACAAUUAGCCCAGAUUCUGUUAUCGUUUUGUUUUGUUUUGUUUUUUGGCAUUUGUGCAUUAAGCACUGGUCAUAUUUAUUGGUGACUGAAAGAUGCCAUUGAGAGAUCUCUGUGGCUUGACAUUCAUAGUUAAUAACAGAUCUUUAAGCUGCGUGUUCAUGAAUAGAAUGUACUAGGGUAAAUAACAAGAGAAGUGCAUUUAGCUUCCUAUGAUUUGCACAUUUUCUAAGCGAAGAUCCCUUUGAGUAGCAGUGGGCUAGAUCAUGCAGGUAUCUUUCAUAUGAGGAUUUACACUGAGUUAAAUGACUCUUUACUCCUCCUUGCUGAAUAAGCAAUUCAGAUGUACAAGCCUUUGUGCCAUAGUCCUCUACCUGGGCUCUACAACUUUGGUUCACAUAUGUAGUAAAAAGAUUUUGAUGUUGCAUGCUCUUAGAAUUAUAUUUUCUAAGAUAUUGUAUUGGCUUUGUUUUAGCUUAGUAAACUGUUUUGGCAGUUUAAUUAGAAAUAGGGUAUUAUAAACUCACUGUUAUCUGCAUUAAAAAAAAAACAAUCUGAUUGCAUGUAUGAGGCCCCCUUGCUCUAUAACCCAAUUACAUAAAUAUAAUCAUCUCUAAGCAGGUGAAACUGUUGACCUGUUAUUUCAAAGACUUGUAGUCUAGCCAAGAUUUGUUCUGGUUAGAGAUCUGGUCUAUUAUAACUGAAGGUAUUUUUAUUUUAAAAAAUUGCAGCACUUGUAGCAUCAAAAUCACUUGUAACAUUGCCUAUGAAGAGAUAAUUAGGUUGAAAGUUAUUGCAGUAAUCUGCCCAUGAAUGAAAUAGGUUGCAAAAUAGACUUGGUCUUUGACUGCUUAAGGUAUAAACUGACAGUUACAUUUCCCAAGACUGAUUUUAGGCAGUUUUAUGUGUUAUGUACCAAUGAUGUGUAAAAUAAAGCACCUUUUCUAUUAUAACCAAUUACAGGUGUUAUUUGUUUUGAACUAUAUGAGAGAAAAAUUAGUGAUGGAUGGCAGAGUAAAUCUGUAAAAUGUUGAUUUUAUAUCGUUCACUUAAAAUAACAUAGGCAGUCUCAUAAAGAAUAGAUUGUAUCCGAAAACUUGUUUUUAAGUUAGUGAAUUGUGUUUGGGAGUGAUUUUCUCAUAGAAAUGUAAAGCCUGUCUCUCUAACCCUUACUGUGGCUGAGCUAGUAAGUAAAAAGGCACAUGGCUCCAGGAGACAAAUCUAAACUGUUGUCAUCUCUUUUGUCCUCUAGUCGCUUUUAAUUUUUUGUCUGUAUGCUUUUCACCCAUUUUAAUUCACAGCAGCCAGACUUCUGUCCUGCUACUCCAUCAAAACGGCUCUAGCAAAGGUCAGGGAUAACUUCUCAUUUCCCAAAUCUAGUGAUUUCUCUUGUCAUUCGUAACUUAACCAUUCCCUGGACACUUGGACAUUUUCUUGGUUUCUGUGCUACCGCUAGCUCUUCCUUCCCGUACUCCUCCUGUCUGUAGGCCCCUUUUCUACUUGCACCUGCCUCCAUUUGUUUUUUUCAAGACUCACCUCCUUUUUCAAGAUUUCAAGAUGAAGCAUUUCCUGACAUGCUCCAUUUCCAAGUAGAUUUGACCCCUUUGUCUUAUGCCCCCACUGUCCUUUGUCAAAUCUUCUGUCAUAGCUGCCUAAAAAACAUUGUGUCCUUACUUGUUAGCAUUGUUCUCUCCCUCUGCCAGAUGGUAGGUCUUUGAGGUAGAGAGUGGGUCUUUCUAUUUCUUACAUAUCAGCCAUUUAGCUGGUAUUUAAAUAUGUGUUAACAUGAUUAAGGAAAAUUGUCACCUUCACAUUUCUCCAUAUUCUCACUCCCCUCUCUCAAAUUGGGGUCAGAGUGGGAGGAAGGCUUUGAUAGGGAAACAGAUUUUAGCUCUUACUUCGGUUCCUAAGAGUUCUGGGAUAAAUAAAGAAUAUGUCACAUAUAUACUGGGCUAAACGGGAUAUAACAUAGGUAUGUAUAGGUCUCAAGCAGAAGUCUUUGACCUAAAAAGAUCUGAGCAUUUAGUGAGAUUGGUAGGUAUUGCUGGGUUAUGAUUUUUAACAUUGGAUGAAAUGGAAAAUGAGCUAAAAAUAUUUCCAAACUAUUUCCUUAUAGAAAAGCCAUGGACUCUUGUCUAACAUUAGAAAAAACAACCUACCUAUUUGAUAUUAAGCACUGGGACUGCUGGAAGACAUAGAACACCAGCAUUAAUACAUAUCAAGUCAGGCCACUAUUGUCACCUCCAAGCUUAUAGGACAAAGGAUUCUUACACCACUAGAAAACAACAUGACAUUGGCACAACUUCCUUCCAGGUUUCCCAGUUAGAGUUGGGAUUCCAUACUAUUUCUGUAACUCAAGAAGACUCUUUUUUCUUUUCUUUCUUUUUUUUUUUUUUUAAUCAUGCCUGAAAAAACAUGAAAUACAACAUUCUGGGGAGAAAAAUUUCUAUAAACUGAAUGAAGAAAGAAAAGGCUUUAAGAUCCAAGGAUAUCAGCCUCCUUGUUCAGAAUAGAUUUCUGUAUCUUAGUAGUAUCUAUUUGCUUCUUUCCUAUCCUCUGAGGAGCUAAAAUCAAGAAAUGUCCACUUGUGAGAUUGUUAAUUUCAGCAAGGUCAUCUGAAACAGAGUGUGAGGUUCUUUUGUGUAUUUAGUACCUUGGAUAAAUUGAAUUGAACAAGGGCCUGAUACUUAAAGGCCAUCAUAUUUGCAAUCUGACUACUAGUAAUGCCAGUGUCUCAAAUUCAAAAGUCUUGAGAAUACAGGUUAUAAAGCCUUUGGCCUUAGAUAGAGAGAAGGUUAGGAAGUCACAGGUAUGAGGCAGUAGAGACAACAGAAGGAUUCUCUAUUUCCUGUUUUGAUUUUGCUGGUUCAACAAAAAGUCUUUGCAGAGUAUUUAGAGAUGUCAGGGUGUUUACUCCUGAAGAUAAAAAAAAAUGUAGAAAGUAUGAGUUUGUGUUAUAUCAGUAAUGAAAGCUACUACAGAGAAGGAAAUGGCCCCCUUCCUACCCACCUCCCCCUUCCUGGUCUCCUUACCACCCAGGGACAAAAAGCUAAAGGAGGAGAACUGAGGAAGGCACAGGAGAACCUGUGCCUGAGCAUUUGCAGGUUACAAAGAAAAGGUAGGACUUGUAUUUGUUUUUGAACAUGGAAUAACUCUACCCACUAGUUAAUCAUGGUCCAACAAAUAUCCACCUGUGACCAAGAGGAUCACUCAUUCCUUGUAUCUGGGGAGACAGAGUGGAAGUUCCUUAAGAACUUGAGAAAGGUUCCCUCCUAAUUUCUCUGUUUCUUACUGGAGAGGGAGGAAAAAGCUGCCAGUAUAUUAAUGACCGUCCAUCAUAAUAAAGGUGUGGGUGUGAUACUUAGGGCAGCAUAGCAUGUAAGAGAGUGGGCAGAGUUCUGAAGGUCCGACUUUCUGGUAUAAAAGUCAUCCUGCCCUGGGGGGUGCAAGAUGGCGGAGUAGCUGGACCCUCAGCUCACCCCACCCCUCCUCUACAGUCAUCCUGCCACCACUUGCAGUUUAGUGCCCCCUGGUGGUGUUGUCCCUUCCACUUUAAAUAAAGGUGAGAUUUUAGGUCUUGUAGCUGCCUGGGAUUUUUAAAAUAGCUACAGCAAUAUCUGGAACUUUCCAGUGUGUUGGCCCUGUGUUAGACCCAGUGGGGGCGAGAUUGGGCCUGGAGAAUACACUUUGGACUUCCCCAUUUUCUGGGAAUGGGUUGCAGUCCUUUUGCUGCCAGGCCUGAUCUACCUCUUGAAGCAACUCACCCAAGAUAAUAACUUUAGCUUGCCGUUUGGGGAAAGGGGAUGGAUGGAAUGUUUCAAGAUGUUUUGUUUGUUUUUUUUUCUUUUUUUCAAGUUUUGAAAUUGUGUAACAAAUUUAUGGCUAUUUUCCUGAAUCAGGAAAAAUGGCACCUUAACUAUCCCUUAUUUAAUCUGCGCAGUGUCACUGCCAGCAAUGACCUUGGCAAAGUCACGAUUACAAAAUUGUUAUGACAUUUGUGUGACCAACCUGACACUGUUAUUGACCAAUGUGGAGAAACAAUAACUACCAUGCGCUUUCUGUAUUUGGGGGGUUACUUAAUACAUAAAUACAUUAUUAGGAGAAUGUGCCAAAGGGAAUUUGUACUAUUGAAAGUCAGCAGAAUUCAGUAAAGAGGCAGCGUCUCCAUCCAUUUAUUUUGGAAUUCGCAUCACCUGUCUCUAUUUUCUGCUUUAUACAAGAGAUUACACCCAGUGUACAAAGUAACCGGUUAACCAGUGUCAUGUUGGUGACUCUGAUUCAUCCUGGCAGAGCAGGACUGUAAUACUCCCAUCUCGUUGGAUCUGAACCUUUGGGAAACUGUUUAACUUCCAUGAGGAGUAGCGCAUCUCAUCCCUCUUUUUCUAUUUUAUCAGGUGCUUCUUCCCUACCAGUUAAAACAAUUAGCUGAUUUGCAGUGCACAGCAGUAGCUGAAAUACGAGAUGUUCCCUCUCUUUAUUGAUGAAAUUAUGUAUUAAAUAACCUUAUAGCUUUUUUCUUUUAAAAUAUUUCUUGUGAAAUAAAAUGAUCACACAUGUAUUCAACCUUCAACAUAAGAACUAGAACAUUCUCAGAUACCCAGAAUGCCCCUAUUUUUCCUCCCCCCCCCCCCCCCCCCGCAUAAGGUAAACAUUAUUCUGGAUUUUUUUGUUAAUAAUUCCCAUGUUUUUAUUUAUGGUUCUACCAUCUAUGUAUGUAUCCCUAAUAGUAUGCUGUUUAGAUUUACCUGGUUUUGAACUUUCAUGUAAAUGGUUUCCUGCUGCAUUAUAUCCUUCUGUGACUUUUUUCAGGCAUUGGUUUUGAAAUUCCCAUCCGUGUUUAUGCAUGUAACCGCAUUUCAUUUGUUCUCACCGCUGUAUGGUAUUCCAUUGUGUGGCUCUCCCACACUUUACUUAUCUGUUCUUCUGUUCAUGGAGAUUUGGAUUGUUUUCCAUUUUGAGCUAUCAAACAGUGCUGCCCGGAACGUUCUGCCAAUUACAAUGGAAGCUCCAUGCGGGCAGGGAUUUUGUCUGUUUUGUCUGAUCUUGUCUGUUGAGACACUCACGAUGACUAGGACAAUGGAGGGCACAUGGCGAUGCUCAAUAAAUAUUUGAGGAAUGAAUGAAUUCUUGUACCUUUCCCCUGGCGCACAUGUACAAGAUUUGCUCCAGGGAGGUUGUGUUCAAAGUAUGGUCCAGGGACCCUUUCAGGGGCUCUGUGAGGACAAAAUUAUUUUCGUAAAAUUACUAAAACAUUAUUUGUCCUUUUCACUGUCAUUUUUCAUGAGUUUAUGUAUUUUUCCAGAAAUGAUGACAUCAUCACUCUGACAGCUAAUCAAGUGUAUACUUGUGUAUUUUUGUGUUUUGAAAAUGCCUCUUUUAAUUUUCAAUUUGGUAAAUAUUGAUAAAUAUAACCCACACAAACAACUGAUUUUUGAGGUCCUCAGUAUUUUUUAAGGAUGCAAAGAGGUUCUGAGACCAAAAAUUUGAGAACCACAGCUCUAAGAAGCAGGUUUUGCUUGGUCAUGCUGAACUGUUUCUGAAAGCAUUUGUACCAGUUUACGUUCCCCCUGGCAAUGGUUGAGUGCCAUUGUUCCAUAUCUUAGCAAACACUUGGUCUUGACUAUCUUUUAUAGUUGCCAAUUGGGUGGUGAUUAUAUGGUGUCUUACUGUGGGUUUAAUUUGCAUUUCCCUGAUUACUAAUGAAAUUGAGGUUUUUUUUUUUUUUUAAAUAUAUGAAUGUGUUUCCUCUUAUGUGAAGUACUUAUUCAUGUCUUUUCCCCAUUUUUGUAUUAGGUGUGUCUUUUUUUCAUUGAUUCAUAGGAUUUCUUUAUAAAUUCUGGGUACCAGUCCUUCGUCAGUUAAACAUGUUGUAUAUAUAUCUUCUCCCAGUUUGUGUAUUAUCUUUUGUAAUUGUAUUGAAUCUGUUGAUCAGCCUGGAGAAAAUUGAUGUCUUUUCAGCAAUAAGUCUUCCUAGCCAAAAACACUGUGUUCCAUUUAUUUGGUCUUCUUUUAAUAUCUCUCAAUAAACUUUAAUGAUUUUUCUCCA